CUUCCUCACCAUCCUCACCCUCAAACAAUUCGCCACUUCACAAUACAACUAGGAAUUAAUUAGUAGCUAGCCGAGCCAUAUCAAUCCAAGGAAACAUGAGUACCUCCAGUUGGAGCCUCGAGAUCGAGUCCCCGGUCCCCGCCGCUAGGCUGUUCAAGGCCGCCGUCCUCGACUGGCACAACCUGGCCCCUAAGCUUGUCCCCGAGAUCGUCGUGAGUGCCGCCGGCAUCGAAGGUGAUGGUGGUGUUGGCAGCGUUAGGCAGUUCCAAUUCUCCUCAGCAAUGCCUUUUAGCUACGUGAAGGAGCGACUGGACUUUUUGGAUUUGGACAAGUUGGAGUGCAAGCAGAGCCUUGUGGAAGGUGGUGAUAUUGGAACCAAGAUUGAGUCGGCAUCGUCCCAUUUCAAGUUGGAGACGAGCAGCAAUGGAGGGUGUGUGUGCAAGGUGGUUGCAACCUAUAAGCUUUUACCUGGCGUCGAGGUCAAGGACGAGAUAACGAAGGCAAAGGAGACUUUGACCGGGAUCUUCAAGGCCGCUGAAGCCCACCUCCUGGCCAACCCCGCUGCCUAUGCCUAAUGUGUGCUUGGUGCUUGCGUUCGCAUGCAAUAAUGCCUUUUAAUUGAUGUUGAAAAGAAGAAUAAGUGACUUUCGGUGGUGUUGAGAAGAGAGUGUGAGAUUGUUUGGUUGUUUUUGUGUCAUUUUUUAAGUUUUCUACCAAGAAUGAGUGUGUCAUGAGUUGACUUGGAAAACUCAAUUUGCAAUAAGGAGGUCUGAAUAAAAGGCUUUAAUUUACUUUUUU